AGAGUUAUGUAUUUUUUCAGAUGCAUCUACACUCGCGAUAGGAGCUGUGGCCUACAUGAGAGCAGUUGAUGUUGAUGGAACAUACCAUGUUGGCUUUGUCAUGGGUAAGUCCAAGCUGGCUCCAAAGCCUGCUCACACUAUUCCACGCCUUGAACUUUGUGCUGCUGUGUUGGCUGUCCAGUUGUACGAAGCGAUCCAAGAGGAAAUGGACAUCAGUGUAGAUGCAGUUACGUUUUUUACAGACAGCAAGAUUGUACUUGGCUACAUCCAUAAUUCUUCAAGAAGAUUUUAUGUGUAUGUGUCCAACAGAGUGGCAAGAAUAAGGCAAUCUUCUUGUCCAAACCAGUGGCAUUAUGUUUCAACAAAUCAGAACCCUGCAGACCAUGCCACCCGGUUUACUGCAGCAGAGUGCUUACAACAGACCAGCUGGCUUACAGGUCCCAGUUUUUUGACAUCAGAUUCUGCAGAAAAGCCCCCUGAAACCAACAACUUCAAUCUGGUGGAACCUGAAACGGAUGUUGAAAUUAGACCCAUUGUGACAGUUCUGACUACCCACACCUCAUCAGGUCAGUUAGGGUCACAUCGAUUUGAGCGAUUCUCAGAUUGGACAAGACUCUGUAACACUAUUGCUAGACUCAUGAGUGUCGCCGUCUCCUUUAAGAAGAAUCAUGAGGAUGGAAAACGUGAAACAGGGAAACGUUUUGCCAAAAUACCCAGUACGGUGGAGCUUAAAAAGGCUGAAAUUCUAAUCAUUCAUGACAUCCAACAAGAGGCUUUCAAGGAAGAGUUUAAGUGUCUUGAGAAAGGAGCGACACUUCCAAAACAAAGCCCACUUCAGAAACUUAACCCUGUGAAAGACAGUAAUGAUUUGCUGAGAGUUGGAGGUCGUAUUUCAUCUGCAGAGAUGCCAAAUGAAGAGAAACAUCCACUGAUCAUUCCUCGAACAUGCCACAUUGCCACAUUACUUGUGAGAUUUUUUCAUAAAGAGGUGGCUCACCAAGGUCGCCACAUAACAGAAGGAGCUCUUCGAGCUGCUGGUUAUUGGAUUAUUGGAGCCAAGCGGCUGGUGUCUUCUGUAAUCCAUAAAUGUGUUAUCUGUCGCAAGCUACGUGGACAUCUACAAAAACAGAAAAUGGCAGAUCUGCCUAGAGACAGACUUACACCUGAACCCCCAUUCACAAAUGUGGGCCUUGAUAUCUUUGGACCAUGGACCAUCAGUACACGUCGCACAAGAGGAGGAAGUGCUAAUAGUAAACGGUGGGCAGUCCUUUUCACCUGUAUGUCAACCAGAGCUGUGCACAUAGAGCUGGUGGAAUCCAUGUCAACAGAUAGCUUUAUCAAUGCUCUGAGGAGAUUUUUUGCUAUCCGUGGUCCUGCCAAACUUCUCCGAUCCGAUAGGGGAACCAACUUUGUGGGUGCAUGCAGAGAACUGAACAUCACCUCUAAAGAGGCAGUGAUUGAAUCCUAUCUCCAAAGCAAAGGAUGCACAUGGAUUUUUAACCCACCACAUUCAUCACACAUGGGUGGUUCAUGGGAGAGACUCAUCGGAGUAGCCAGACGUAUUCUGGAUGCUAUGUUACUUCGAACAGGACACACUCAUCUCACUCACGAGGUUUUGAGCACUCUCAUGGCUGAAGUCAUGGCGAUCAUGAAUGCCAGACCUCUGGUGCCGGUAUCCAAUGAUCCUGAGAUGCCUACAAUCCUCACUCCAGCCAUGUUGCUUACUCAAAAGACAAGCACAGUGUCAGCUCCUUCUGGUGAAUUCAAGAUGGGUGAUCUCCAAGGUAAACAAUGGAAACAUGUCCAAUGUCUUGCUGAUACUUUUUGGAAGCGAUGGAAACAGGAAUAUUUGUCCACUCUACAAGUGCGCAGGAAAUGGACUCGGCAAGAGAAAAACAUAAAAGUGGGAGAUGUUGUCUUACUUAAAGACAGUCAAGCCCACAGGAACGAUUGGCCCAUUGGGAUUAUUGUGAAAACUUUACCAAGCAGUGAUAGGAUUGUACGCAAGGUAGAAGUGAAGACAACAAAAGGAGGACAUGUCAAGGUUUUCCACAGACCUGUCUCAGAAGUUAUUGUUCUGCUUUCUGAAGGCCUUUGAAGAUGGACUGAUUGAGUUUUCUGUAACUAUGGUGUCAAAAUAAUAUUUUGCCAAGCGGGGAGUGUGCUGACUCCAUCAUUAUGUUUGUUAAGAAUUGCAUGGGAAAUUGUAAGUUAAAAUAUGGAACCUUACUGACACCUAGUGGACAUAGUUUGCAUGUAUAAUUUUGGGCAGUCAAGCAGAACUC